UAAUAGCACUCCCCAGUUGGUCCCCCUUCUUUCAGGGACAACGGCAUGGUGCCGCUUCCGCUUGGGCCACCGUUUUUCUCCAGUCGCCGCAAACCCAAUUGCUGCCUUGUACCCUUGUACCUGAAAUUCGGGCUGACUCCUGAUAGGUCGGCUCGGGUCAGCACCACAGUUGAUCCAUUCACCUCAUCCAACGCCAUGAGCGAACAUUCAGCCAAUACAUCAGAGGGAAACGGAUCUCAGGCAGAGCAACAUGGGGAUCGCGCUCCACAGGACCCAAAGGCAAUGAAGAGACCGUUACGGUAUCGUGGGUUUUAUAAGGACAGUCGUCUGGCGGAGAUAAUCGAGACAGCACUAUCAAUGGUCGCGUCUGACGUCCCAUUGCCAAACGAGAGAGGCGCACCCGAGAAGUGGGAACACAUCGCGAGGCAACUCGAAUCCAUGUCGGUUCAGAAACAGGACGUGGAGUUUAUUGGGAUUACCGGUCGUACCUUGAAGGCUAUGGUCGAAAGGCAGUUGCAGGAAUAUGCGGGGAAAGCCAAGGUAGCCGGCUCGGCUUCAGAGAUGGGGGAGCCGCAAACUCGUAUGGAUCACUUUCUUUCGAUUAUCCAUGAAGCGCACAGUACUGGAAGAUCGCGCCCAGCUUCGAUAGACCCUAACAGACAUCCUGCACAGGAUAAAGCACAGGAACCGGCCUCCAAGUGGCAAAGGACGUUAACAGGCAAAGAACCUGGCCACACUUACGAGGGAUCCAGAAUGGACAUGGGCUCAGAGAACUGUUCUGAUGACGAGACAGAAUCUAUCAGAAGCACAACCAGCUCAACCUCUACGACCGCAUCUUCCAAUCCGGCCUCUGCAGUUACUACAUCCAAUCCAAUCUCUGCCGCCACCUUCUUCAAAAUAGCCUGUACAGCCAGUGCAUCCAACCUAACCUCUGCCGCUCCGAUGUUGAGGACAGUACUAGCAAGCACGUUUACCGCCACCCCAGCGGGCACAUCCAAUACAAAUUCCAUCACCAACGUAUCCAACACCGCUUCCGCAGAAAAUAUCUCUAACCGGGUCCCGAUUAACGUGCCCAACACAACGUCCACCAUCCACAGUGGUGAUGCAACUCUAAAUUUAAGCGAUACGCGAUUAUGCCAAGCAGUGAUGCAGGAUAAUGCAAGACGAAUGGAGCAACAGGAACAACAGAUUCAAAACCUUCAAAGUCAGGUCGGUCAGUUGCUGCUGCAGAACACUCGGAUGGCUUCCAACAUGAGCGCGCUCUUGUCGAAUGUUGAGAGGCUCACACAGGAUGUUGCGGGCAUCAAGGCGGGACAAUUGGCUACAUUAGAUAAUAGUCAUACUGGGUUCAGGGGUGUGCAGGAGGCGAUUCAGGUGCUGACGAACAUCAUGAGGCAACAGCACAACGAGACAUUGGCCAUUGCGAAACGCCCAUAUCCUGACUAUCAUUGAGAAAGCAAUCAGCACUGAGUUGCAAUCUUGUAUAGCGAAAAAAACAAUAAAUAUAAUUGAGAAUUGAGAGUGCGGU